AUGGAUGUUCUCCGCUGCCUCGUGGCCUCUGCACUCUGCAUCGCCGUCCGGGGACAGGACUAUGGGCUCUCCCGCUCACCCCCUCAGUUUGGCUCCAUCUACCACGUCCGAGGUGUCAUCAACCUGCCCUACGCUGAGAUCGAGGAGCCCUUCGAAGCCUGGUAUAACCUGACGGGAAACAAGAGCCGGAUCCAGUAUUAUGGGGGGCAGGUGAUAACCUACCAGCUGGCAGCGGUGAAGCCCUACGGGAUGAGGUACAAGAUCACACCGGAGACCACUGAGAAAGAAGUGAACACCAGGAAAUGCUUCCAGCUGCCCGGCUCCGAGGACGAUGUGGUCAAGGCUCAGAGCGUCUUCCCCAGCAUCGAUGGCUUCAAGGGCCGGUACUGCGCCGUCUGGCAGAACGUGACCCACUGGGCGCAGAAGAAGAACGUCUACACCCUGUGGGUGACCAACUCCAGCUGCGGGGUGGCCCCUGUCCACUAUGAGAUGCGGGGCUACAACAGCCUCCUGGGCUCCCACUACGACAAGUACGAGAUCUCCUACACCGACUUCGACAACAGCUUUCCCUCCUCCAUCUUCGACCUCCCUGUCAAUGAGACGAAGAAGUGCGGGGACCUGCCGGGGAGUGCGGUGGAGCACCGGGUGCUGGCGAAUCCCAUGGAGGACCUGGUGGGACGGCACCAGCCCUGGGCUCACGAAGUUUUCCACCACUACCGCAGGAGGUUGGGGCGGCGGUACGGCUCCGUGCGGGAGCUGGAGCACAGGCAGAGCAUCUUUGUGCACAAUAGCGCCGUGACCCCCGUGAAGGACCAGGCUGUCUGUGGGUCCUGCUGGAGCUUCGCUACAACGGGUGCGAUGGAGGGUGCCCUCUUCCUCAAGACGGGCGUGCUGACCCCCCUGUCCCAACAAGUCCUCAUCGACUGCUCCUGGGGCUUCGGACACGGCGGCAUCGCCAGCACCGAGUCCUACGGCAACUACAAAGGGCAGAACGGCUUGUGCCACUAUAACCAGUCCGAGAUGCUGGCCAAGAUCACGGGCUACGUCAACGUCACCUCGGGCAACAUCACGGCGGUCAAAGCUGCCAUCUACAAGCACGGCCCCGUGGCCGUCAGCAUCGACGCCUCGCACAAGACCUUCUCCUUCUACUCCAAUGGCAUCUACUAUGAGCCCAAGUGCGCAAACGUCCCAGGAAUGCUGGACCACGCGGUGCUGGCCGUGGGCUACGGAGUCCUGCAAGGAGAGACCUAUUGGCUCAUCAAGAACUCCUGGUCCACGUACUGGGGCAACGACGGCUACAUCCUCAUGGCCAUGAAGGAGAACAACUGUGGCGUGGCCACUGAAGCCACCUACCCCAUCCUGGCCUGA